GUUCUCCAGAGGGGGAAGAUAUUGGAAAGGCUUUAAAAAAAAAAAAGACUUAGGGUUUUGUGUACAGAUUUGCAAUUAUUUGCAGAUAGAACACUUGGCACUUUGUAUUUAUUUAUUUUUUGUUCCAAGGAAAGAACGUUUGAAAGCGUGUGCCCCAUACUGGUUAAUUUGCACCUUUUUGGUGGCAUUUAAUUUAUAGAAAGAAGCUUUUUGUCCUAAGUAUAGCUGAAUUUUGAGACCCUGUAGAGAGAACAAACAAAAACACGCUCUCGUUUGAGGUAUUCUGUGGUGUUGCAGGUGCUUUGGAUGCUGAAACAUAAUUCUUGAAUUGACAACUCCUUAAGGCAUUUAUUUUUUCAAUUUAAAUUUUUGUUGUAAUUUAUCGAAACGUAUUCAGUGAGCAGAGUCACGCCACUUGAAUUUUGAAGAAUUUUCUUUGGACUCUUUUUAUUGUUAUUACUGCAGUACUAUUAUUUUGUGUUAAGAAGAUGUUGAUCAGUUUUUGCCUGUUGCUGUCAUUUUUCCUGGGACUGCCCCAAUGCACGGGCUCUUAUGUCCAUUGCGACCCCUGUGACGAGAAAGCCUUCUCAAUGUGCCCUCAGGUCCCGGUCGGCUGUGAGUUGGUUAAGGAGCCGGGCUGCGGCUGCUGUAGGACCUGCGCCCUGUCAGAAGGACAGCAGUGCGGCGUGUACACCCAGCCGUGCUCCCAAGGGCUUCGCUGCUUGCCACGAAACGGCGAAGAAAAGCCGCUUCACGCUCUGCUACAUGGCCGAGGAAUGUGUAGGAACGAGAAGGGAUACAAAGAGCACCAUCCACCCACCGAUCGUGAUUCACGAGAGCAUGAUGACAUCCCUGAGAUCACAGAGAAUCCACUCCCUGCCAAGGUCCCUCUCCACAACAAGAACCGAGUGUCUGACAAGAAGGCUGAGGCAUUGCGCAAAGAAAAUCGGAGGAGGUUGGAAAAAUCCAAGACUGUCAUUCAGGCAGAUUACACCUCCUACCCCACUGACAAGCAGGAAACAGUCUAUGGUCCCUGUCGAAGACAGAUGGUAGAGAUUCUCAAGCAAUUAAAAAACUCAUCUCGAAUCUUAACCCAGGCACUGUACCUUCCCAACUGCGACAAAAAGGGCUUGUACAAACGGAAACAGUGCAAGCCGUCCCAUGGGCGGAGGCGUGGAAUCUGCUGGUGUGUGGAUAGGUAUGGGCUGAAGCUUCCUGGCUCCGAGAACAAAGGUGCUGACAUCCACUGUCAGGAACUGGAGAGCAGUAACAACGAGUGAGGUGGAAAGGAGGGGUCCAAUCGCCACACUCCCUGAGAAGGUGACCCAGGGCCUUCCUCCUUCCCUCUCGCCCACCCGCCAGUCACUUCGGGAUAGAAAACUUUUUCAUAAAAAAAAGAAAAGGAAAAGGAAAAAAAAAGACAUUUGAACCUUCAACUGUGCGCUCAUCUCUAAAUAGCUGGGUUCUCUGGCUCUCUGCUCUCCCUCUGUCUUUGUCUCUCUGUCUUGGGGCCUCUGUGGAAAGGGCUGGGUCAAAGCACUUGAUUUGUUAAAAUAUAUAUAUUUAUAUAUUUUUAUACACUGAGGUUUGAGCUCAAAACAUCUUUUAAAGUUUUACUAAUGCAAAACAGAAAGAGGAGUCCGUGAUGACAGAGCUGUCUUUGUCUUUUAUGUUUCUUACUUUGUAAUGUCAGGAAGUAGCAAGAACUAAUACUAAAGGCCAUUUUUUUGUAUUAUUUUGCUUUAUUGUAUUUUUUAAAUUUUUUAAUUCUAUUUCAUUUUCUGACAAGUUACUUAGGGGUCAGCUGAAAAAGUUCUCCUUAUUCGGGCGUUUGUCUUGUCAGAGCACUUACUUAUUUUGGGGGAGAGGAGGGGAGAGAACCUUGUUAGCUGUAACAUUUACAGUUUGUGUGUUUGUAUGUGUCUGUAUUUACACUGUAUGUGUAUAAAUUGGGCCCAGUUUUGUUGUCGUUGGAUAGGUCAUCUCUUACUGGCAGGUAUACACAGUAUACAUACCGGGAGUUUCAGCAAAAAUAAUUCCUGGUGUUCUGUGGCACUGACCAUACUCAAACAUGCAUAUGUCUAUGGACUGGUGGUUUUGAAACACCCCAUAGGUAAAUGCUUAAAAUAUAUUAAUUGCUAGGUUUCUUAGUUGGCUGAGGAUCACUUCAGUGUACAUGUGGAUUUUGCCAGUAAGAACUCUUAAGACAUAUGAAGACACAGACAUAUAUCAGUAAAAACCUUCAAAUGUCAUUUUGUUUUUCUUAAUGAUUGUUAAUAAGAACUCAAAAAAACAGCUAGCCCCUGAAAAAGCACCUUUCUUAUAUCUUAACCAAUGAUACAGGCAAGUCUAAAACACAGUCUUUUUUUCAAUAGCAAGAACCAUUUUUGUUGAUACUUUCAUAUUCUACCUAACAAUAUUUGGCUGUUUCUGUUUUCUAUGUAAAACCAGGGAGGAACAUGUUUCUCUCACCCCUAGGUUUUCAUGAGCAGAUGCUAUCUAGCUGGGUACUGUUUUUGUCUGCACUCUCUUCAAAUGUUAAAGUGAUUGUAAAUGUUAUCUUUUAAAGGGACAACAUAAAAACACACAACCUUUACAGUGGAGUCUCAGUUAUCUGAAAUGAAUAGUGAGACAUUUUUGUUUUACAUUAAAAAAAAAAAAACUAUAUGCAAAUAUAGUUGAACUGCGUAUAUGUGUCAGUCUGGUUUUGGGGUUAGUGACAUGAACAAGGUCAUCAAUUUAAAAAAAACAGCACCUCCAACUGGCCAAACAUGUUCAAUUCAAUUCCAGGACAGCAGGCAAAACCUGAAUCUAAUUAUAAUAGCCUGCAGUUACAAUGCUAUAAAAAAGCAGUUAUAUGACUGGAUUGAAAGGGCUUGUGCUGUAGUUAAAUCAUUAAAUCAUUAUUAAAUCAAAGUCAUUAAAUGUUUUCAUAUGCAGUAGUAACUCUUUUACAAAUUCACAAAUUGACAGUUAUUUAUAUCUGUUAAUUGUUUCGACAGACGGCCCUUGUGAUACUUCAGAUAUAUGUGACUCAACUGUAUAGCACAGCAAAAAUACAGUUGACAAGAAAUUCUUGCUUUUCUUCAGUGGACAGAAAGUGACCAUUCCAUAAAUGAAGUCAAAUGUUUUUUUUUUUGUUUUUGUUUUUUUUUUUAAUCAAGAACCUGACUGGGUAUGUUGAAGUUCAGAGACUUUCAGUAAGCUUUAUUGAUGUAAAGACAGCAUCUAAAUCCUUCUGUAUUGUUUUUUUAUAUUAUUUUCUCUCUCAGUCUGUCACACCCUCUCUGGCGCAUUGACCCAUUGCACUAAAUACAGAAUUGCUCGCCCAGUUCACACCCUGAUUGACCCCAAUACCUGGACACCCCAAUCGGAAAGAAAUUUAACUGAGCUAUUUGUGGCUCUAACUUUCAUAUUUUAAAAAGAGCUGCACCCACAGUAGUAACUUUCUCCUUGUUAAGGAGUAACCUAUUGCUUCAUUCCAUUCCUGAAGCUUUAGCAAUGGGGUUCUAUAUUUUGUACAUUGUCCAGACUGCAGAAAUCUUUUAGUAAGAUAUAACUUUUUAACCCAUUGCAGACAUGUUUGAUAUCGUGUGAAAUACUGACUGUCCAAGAAAAAAAAAAAAAUCAACCUAGAAUAAUAUAUAUGAAAACGUCAAUGUCCUUUUUGAAUAUUUCUUUUAUUGUCCUGUACAGGAAACAUUAAUAGAAUUUAGUGCAAAAAAGAACUGCCGGGUAUCCUUAAGCGCUUUGUGAUGGUGGUCCACUAUGAAAGGUGCUAUAUAAAAUAAAGAUGGAUUGAUUGUGUACAGCGUUAACCAGUAUCACUAAAGGAUGUGUUUGGCCACCAGGUGGUGCCAGACUCAAUUGUUAUUUUGAAUUUGCAUACAAUAAGCUAUCUUUGAGGUGUUUUUAAUUUCAAAAAUGAUUUCUGUACAAACACAAUCAAUGUUAUCACGUACCCCCGCACUGGAUGAAAACAAAUAAUCCAUUUAAUAUGCUGUAAUUAACUUUAACUUUGACAGGGGCUUUACAGCCCAAGCCUGGGAUGUGGGAAAUGCAAUUUGGGAGAACAGCUACUAGUACAAGUACUAGUACAACACAGCCUGUGGCGGUGUUCCUUAGCUGUCAGAUGUAAAUGGGCAUUGGGGAGAUCAGGUGUUUUUCAGAACUGUACUCUUGACAUGCGAUCGCCAAGGAGUUAAAUAUGUUUAUUUGCAUCACACGCAUUUAGCACAGACAAAGGGGGCUUUGGAAUCUGAGGAAUGUGAGACAUUUUAUUUUAAUCUUUUUGCUGCAAAAUUCAUUUUUCCAUAGUUUUUAGGCUGAUUAUAAAUCUGGAAAAAAAUAAUAAAAAACCACUAACAAAAUCUCAAUAUUAAUUAGACAAUCCCCAGAGGUCUUACCCAAUCAGAUUCCAAGUUUCCUACCAGGUUAGACUAAAGCAAUAUUCACUGCUGAUGUUACAGUAGCUAACUAUAGCUUUUUUGAAUGCAUAACUAUUGUUUUUUUUCAAGGAGAAAAGUAAACUAUUAAUUAUCUUAACGUGUGACGUAAACCAGUUUGUGAAAAAAAAAAAAGAAUGGCAAAAGGAGAGUGAAAUGUACAGCAUUUUUAACUUUUAUUAAAAAAAAAAAGGAGGGGGGGGGGGGGGGGGAAUCGCUGUGUAAUAUUUAUUCAACCUGUAAUUUAUGUACUCUUUUAACCAUUGUCUUUUUGUUAUGACAAAGCAUUUAUUUAAAUAAAGUUAUGUAUUCAUUUAAA